CCAAAUUUGUUAUUAAAAUUGCCUGUUUUUAGUUCGAACGAGUUAUUUCAAGUGAAUUAUACAAGUCGAUGACCCGUAACAUAAGAAAAAUAACACAAUCGCAAAUAAUCGCAUUCGAUACGAUAGCUCGUCCUUCAGUUCACUUGAUAAUUUGACUUGGCAAAAUCGUAUGACGUUCAAUCUCCUGAUUAGCUGCACGUAAUCGAGAGAUUCUUUCGCGAUGAACUGCAAGAGUUUUUAUGCAGCAUGAAAAAUCGAUUAUACGAUUAUAUCUGCAUCUUCUUCGUCUUGCUCGAGAUAUUACGACCGAUUUCUCACGCGAAGAUUGUCGACGAUACUCGCAGAACGAAACGAGAGAUAUCCCUUGCUGAAAUAUCACAAUUGCGAGGAAACGUCAACAACCACGUGGGAGAGAGAAAUUUGGAGCGCGAGGAAAAGGAUAAUGAACUCGAGAAGGACGAUCUUACAUAUCCCCGAGAAAAACGUAAGAUCUCAAAAAGAUCCGCGAAUCCUGAUGUCCAACAAUCAAACGCCGAAAAGUCGAUCAAUCGUAUAGCCAGUCCCCUCAGUUUGAACGAGGCAUCGGAUUAUGCGGAGGAACAGGCGGAUGAAGAGACGGCGAAACAAGAAGGCGAUACAGAUAUAGAGACGAACGAUCUUGUACGUUUACCCCGUGACGUCAAUGUCGAGAAAUAUACCGAUCAGGACGAGAGAUCGAGUCUCUACGACGAUUACGAGGCGAAGGACGUCGCGAAGCGUGGCGUUCUCGGUGGUCCAGGGGAUUACGAGGAAGCGGAGGAAGAUUCACCGGAGAUAUUGGAAGAUCCGGUCGCAUUGGAGGAAAACGAAGAGGAGAUGAGAGAAACACGGGAGAGCGACUCUCGGGUGAAGAGAGAUCACGCGAUUUUGGAAACGCCUGAUAAAUCUGAAUCACGCAAUCCAGCGAAGCUGAAGGAGCCAAAAAUUGCGGAGAGUUCUCUGAAGGACAAAGUUUCUCGUGUCGAAUCAUCGAAAAGUUUUAAUCGACGAGAAUCGGCGCCUGGCGACCCAGCCUCCGAGAUCAAAGGAUCUGCUGGAUCGGACGAAGUGAUUUCAAAGUCGAGCGGUUCCAUCGAGAGCAAGGAACCGGCCAAUGUAAUUAGUUCGUCCAAACACGAGUCGAACGCGGAAUACGGGAAGCGCGUGGAGGAGGAGAUUCAACGGAAGAUCGACUCGAUCAAGAAAGAGAUCAAACGUGACGUCGAGGCGCAGCAGCGAAUAAGGGAUAUCGAGGAGAACAAUGCUAGGUUCGACGAGUUACGGGAUCAGGAGGACGAGGAGAGGCAGAACUCGGAAGGUGAACCGAUCGAAAAGCGCCAGAUCAAGAGAUCGAUACGAGAAAUCGCCGCUCCUUUUUCCUCGAAAAGAGAUGAUAGGAAACGAAACUUGAACGGAGAACAACACAAUAAGCCGCAACGUCGAUCCAGCGAGAUCGGCAGGCCGGAUAAUUUGAAAGAAAGCGAAAGGUUGAAGAGACAAUUCCCGAUUAAUCGCGAUAAAUCCUCCGGACAAGCUCCUUCAAAGGGGCUUUUAAAAAAAAAACGCGAACACGUCAGACAAAUUUUUUUAGUAAACAACGAUCGGACAAAGAGAAGAAGUUCGAGAAGUUAUACACCGCCAUCCGAUCGGACGGCCGCCAGACCGGAAUAUGAAUUAUUCACGGAUUUGAAUUCUUAUCACCUUACGAACGAUGGAAUGCUGCAAGCAUCUUCGCCCAUCGCCGCCGAAGAUGAGAACAAUGACGAAGAACAGAGUCCUACAGCGGAACAUACGAAUUCCUUGGUGGCUCUCACUGGAAGUUCGCAGGAAUUGAGUCCGCGUUUAGCGAGAGAGUACAAAGAGGCCUUCGGUGGAUUGCAGAGUGAGUCUGGCGGCGCUCUCGCUAGAUUCAAGAGGAUCAAACGCGUACUCGACGGUUCCGAUGCGAAAAUUUAAAAUCUCUCAUAAAGGGUAAAGUGGAAUCGACUAUCCUCUCUUCGGGGUGAGAGAAUAUUUUCACAAAAUGAAAUUAUCACGAAAUAUACAACGUGUAACUUUCCGAACUUCUUCUAUCGUCGCGCAGUAACGAAGGACUAAGUAGGAAUAUAAGACAUAUAUAGACUUUUUAUAUAAAACGAAAUAUUUAUAGACCUUUACGAGAGAGCAGAAUGAUGCAUUUGUAAUUAGAGAGAAAGACUAUAGCUAUAAUAUAGGGUGUAAUGCCAUUAAUCACGAGACACUCGAAGAGAUUGCGAGUCGAUUUAAUUGUAGCCUAAAUGAACGAUAUAUAUA